CACAAACUGGAGCUCAUGAGUAGGAUCAACCUGUGACUGGAACAAACUACAAAGUACAUCACAGUCUUCAUACAACUUUCAUCAGUGCGUCUUGGCCAUUGGAAAUGGAAAGCAUGCAGGAGUUGAUUCCCUUCGCCAAAGAGAUGCUGAGUCAGAAACCAAGCUGUGGUUUGCUGAAGGUCUACCUGGUGGGUUCGGUGUUUGCAGUGUUGGGGACGCUAAUUAGCCUGGUCGAGACGGUGUGUCACCCUUUCUCCUCUGGUGAAGCCAUGGACGCAGACAUGGUCCUCAUGUUUGCUCAGGAGCAGAAAAUUGUUGAGGCCGAGAUACAGAGCGAUGUAGGGGGUCAGGAAGAGGAAGAGGAGGAGGAGAAGCUGACUCGUGAAAAAGUGGCCGUGAUCAUGAGCACCAACCUCCACAAGACCCAUAAACUCAGCCAGCGGAGCAUGGCCAACCGGCUGCACGCUUCCUAAAGCCAAAGGGGUCAGCACCUAGUGACUUGAGAUAUUUAUCAGGGAACUGCUCCUGCCACACCACCAACUUGUGCAACACGUACAUAAUCUGAAGCUCUAGAGACAGAAGUGUCUGAGCUGCCUGCCAUUCUGUGCUGCUUGUUAUUCUGUGCUGCUUGUUAUUGACGCCUACAAUAAUUGACGCCUGCACAUAAAAGACCCCCGAAGGCUCCAGUAGCAGCCUACAUGGGAGAGUUAAUACUUUUGACAGGCCUCAUGUCAAUAAUACUAUAUAUAGUAUAAAAGAAGUGUACAUUCACUCAGUUAGACAGGGAUUGGGAUCCUCCGAUUGGAUCCCUGUGUCUUCAGCAAUUGUAAGAAUUGUUCAAUGUCACAAUAAGUUUACUUGAAAAACAGUAAUUUCUCUCUUAUUCAUCCCUUGAGUAAUGUUUCUUUACUGAAUGUUGGUGUGGAUAUGAAUCUAAUCAGGGUUACAAGAUAUGAAAACCUCAAAUGAUCCUUGAAAUAUAUGUGUGCUACAAAAAAAAAACUUUUUUUAUUCUGCUGCUGGAACACAGACUUUGGUUUCUGCGAAAAAAGGAAAACACCAGACAAAAAAAACCCUUAUCAGGUCCCUUUUUAAUGUUUUACAAUCCAAAGUUGGGAGGCUGAAGUUAGGAGUUUAUGAGCAGCACCUGAAGGCAGCGGUGUUGACGGUCUGCCUGGCUGCGGUAAGCUGCUGUGUAGCGCCGCCUGUCGUCUGGUGGAUGUAUCUGAUUUGCCAAUCCACCCACUCACUGUGUUCAAGGACAGCAGCGUUAUGUUAUGUGUAUAAACUGUAAAUAUACAAUCUUUUUCAUACCAAUAAAGUUGAUUUUAUUUAUAAAGUCUGCUUUCC